AUUGGAAUGUUCAUUCCGAAAAUAAACAACGCCAUCAUUCAGUACCACCCGAGCGGCGUUUGUUUGAUUUCUGUUGUCAUUUAUUAGUUUUUUGUUUAUUUCGUUCUUAUUGAAUUUUGAAUACGACGGCCAACUGAAAUUUGUAUUUUUAAAAUUUUGACAAAGCAUUAGAAUUUUUGGAGCAAAAUUCUCUAAAAAUGGCUGCAUUUCGUCAUUUGAUUACUGUGCCGCUAUCAAUUGCAUCAUUUGUUGGUGUUUUCUAUGCGAUCGCAAAAUUGAUGGUUUUCUUGUCGUUGCCCGUCAAAAUCCCUAUCCACCAAGUUUGGAUCGUGAAUUUGUUGGACGAUUGGACUAAGCUUGAAACUGCCCUACUACCGCUGACUACCGACGCAAUUUUGAUUGUGCUCUUCAUUUUGCCGCACAGUUUCUUGAAAAGUAGUUUCUUCAAGUAUAUCUGGGAUCAAAUUGGACUUACGUCUGCCUCCCGCAGUUUUUACAACUUGGUGACCUCAGCUACUCUUUUGCUUCUGACCCAAAAAUGGGAACGCGUUCCAUCAGCCACGUUAUGGAACAUCGAUGUUGAAUCGAGUCAAGUUUUCUACUGGGUGUACUUCACGGUUCAUUUCCUCGCAUGGCUCAUCAUUUAUGGUGGUAGCAUUGUUAUGGAUCUGCCGGAAUUGACUGGCGUUAAACAAGUUUAUUACGACUGGAAUAACUUAUUACCACCUCUGAACUACAAAUCGUAUGAGCUCAAUGUGCUCUAUGAACACGUUCGUCAUCCAUCGUUCAUUGGUUUUUCAAUCAUAUUGUGGUUCCCAAACAUCAUGAGCCUUGAUCGUCUUUUGCUGGCUAUCCUCUGGACAACAUACAUGUUCAUCGCAUGGAGAACCGAUGCUCGUGACGUCGCCUAUCAGCGUCAACAGCUUGAACGCAAGAAAAACAAGCUUCUCAAGUAGCUUCACAGAACAACUACCUCAUAUACUUAAUCAAACACACAUAAACUGACCACACUAAUAAGUGUUAGAGAAGUUCUCAUCAAAUUUUUGUGCACCAUCUCACCUUCGUUUUUUAGUCAAUGUAGUUGAACCAUUAACACCCACUCAUAUAAGUUGAGACAUUUUAUUUUAAUGUUUUGUCGUUAUUCAUAAAUAGUCAAUGAAUCAAUAAACAGUUGAUCUGUUACACUUAAUUUGAUACAAAAACAAA